AAAAAAAAAACCAUACCUUUCCACUAUAUAUAAUUUUCCCAUUCACCCAUUUUCUCCAAAAUUUUGUUGUAAUUGCUAAGGAUUCGUUAGUUUGAAAAAAUGGCUUCCAUUGGUAAUAGUUGUUCUUCACCAUUUAUAAUUGAAAGAAAUGGAGAAAGUAAAGCUUUUGUUUUUUCAACUUUUAGGUCAAGAAAGAUGAAGACUUUGGGUGUUGUGAAUGGUGGGGUUUCUUUGUUUUAUAACAAAGGGAAACAGCUUUCUAGAUUUAAGCCUUUGAGAGUAGCUAGUACUGGGGAUGCUGUUGGUCUUGGUGAUGGUGAUGACUCUGAAAAUUCACUUCAGGCUACCAUUGAAAAGAGCAAGAAAGUUCUUGCCAUGCAAAGAGACCUACUUCAACAGAUUGCUGAAAGAAGGAAACUGGUUUCGUCCAUAAAAGGUAGUGUUACCGACCAAGAUGAAGAUGAAGAUGAAGAUGAAGAUGAAGAUUUUAGUACAGGGGAUAGCUCUCUUCCCAAUCCAGAUCUUACUUCUAGAAGCUAUAACAGAGUGGAUGUAGUGAAUAAUGGUAGCAUUCCUUCAAGCAGUCAUGUUAAUUCAACUACGAAGAAUGAAUCAAAGAUUCUACCUUCAGUUGAAGUCCAAGAGAAACCGGAACUAUAUUUUGCUCCUGAAAAGGCUUCCUCUAAUAAUGGUUCUAUCAAACAAUCCAAAACCAUUGAUUCUAAAGCAUUUAAGUCUGAUGUGCUUCCUUCUUAUCUCUCGAGUUCCAAAGCCCAAGUUACAGACGAAGAGGAAGAAAGUUCAACUGAAGCAGACUCGAAAGAGGCUGCUGAGGUAGAUGAUGCUGCAGUUGAAGAUGAAAAACCCCCGCCGCUAGCUGGUGUAAAUGUCAUGAAUAUUAUAUUAGUAGCAGCAGAAUGUGCCCCAUGGUCUAAAACAGGUGGGCUAGGAGAUGUUGCUGGUUCUUUGCCAAAGGCUUUGGCUCGACGUGGACACAGGGUUAUGGUUGUGGCACCUCGAUAUGCUAAUUAUGCUGAUUCUCAAGAUACCGGAGUUCGAAAGAGGUACAAGGUAAAUGGUCAGGAGCUGGAAGUAUCCUAUUUCCAAGCCUAUGUAGAUGGUGUUGAUUUUGUUUUCAUGGAUAGUCCCAUGUUUCAGAGUAUGCAGAAUAACAUAUACGGAGGAAACCGACUGGAUAUUUUGAAGCGCAUGGUAUUGUUUUGCAAAGCAGCAGUUGAGGUUCCUUGGCAUGUUCCUUGUGGAGGUGUCUGUUAUGGAGAUGGUAAUCUGGUUUUCAUUGCUAAUGAUUGGCAUACAGCCUUGUUGCCAGUGUACUUGAAAGCAUAUUAUCGGGACAAUGGUUUGAUGUCCUUCACGAGAUCCGUUCUUGUUAUCCAUAAUAUUGCUCACCAGGGUCGGGGGCCUGUGGAGGAUUUCAGCUAUGUCGAUCUACCAGAACACUACAUGGACCUUUUCAAGUUAUAUGAUCCGAUUGGAGGUGAUCACUUCAAUAUCUUUGCGGCCGGACUAAAGACGGCUGACCGAGUAGUCACUGUUAGCCAUGGAUAUUCUUGGGAGCUUAAAACUGCAGAAGGUGGUUGGGGUUUGCACAGGAUCAUAAACGAAAAUGAUUGGAAGUUGAGGGGAAUAGUCAAUGGAAUCGAUACAAAGGAAUGGAAUCCACAAUACGAUAUUCACCUCAAAUCCGAUGGUUAUACUAACUACUCCUUGGAAACACUGCAAACCGGUAAACCUAAAUGCAAGGCCGCGCUACAAAAGGAGCUCGGGUUGCCAGUUCGCGAAGAUGUCCCACUGCUCGGCUUUAUCGGGAGACUAGAUCAACAAAAAGGUGUUGAUCUAAUUGCCGAGGCAAUUCCCUGGAUGAUAGGCCAAGAUGUGCAAUUAGUCAUGUUAGGCACCGGCAGACCUGACCUAGAACAGAUGCUUAGACAGUUUGAAAACGAACAUCGUGACAAAGUAAGAGGAUGGGUAGGGUUUUCCGUAAAGACAGCUCACCGUAUAACAGCCGGGGCUGAUAUUUUACUCAUGCCAUCAAGAUUUGAACCUUGUGGUCUAAACCAACUAUAUGCUAUGAACUAUGGAACAAUACCGGUUGUCCAUGCAGUCGGUGGACUGAGAGACACAGUGCAGCAGUUCAAUCCGUUUGAAGAGUCUGGGGUCGGGUGGACAUUCGACAGUGCGGAUGCAAGCAAGUUGAUACAUGCAUUAGGUAACUGUUUGUUGACAUAUCGGCAGUAUAAAACAAGUUGGGAAGGGUUGCAAAUACGGGGAAUGAAGCAAGAUUUGAGCUGGGACAAUGCAGCUGAGAAGUAUGAGGAAGUGCUUGUUGCAGCCAAAUAUCAGUGGUGAGAGCUCUGUUUGGUCUGAUUGAACCCUCUUAUCACCUUUUUACCACAAAAUUUUGGGUCUUGUUUUCAAAUGUUGUAUUAAUGUUGUAUUCCUAGUUAUUUGCUCUCUUUUUUGUUGUGCAUGUAUUGUAUCUAACAUUGCCAGGGUUCAUAGUUAGUCCAUAAUGCCAGGUUUACUGUCUUUAUUUUUUCAAAAUUUAUUAAAUAAUGUAUUUUUAUUUUAUAUAAUUAAUGUAAAAUAAUAUUAUGUGAA